AUGGCUCGCAAGUUCUUCGUCGGCGGCAACUUCAAGAUGAAUGGCACCAAGGAGUCCAUCAAGGCCAUCAUCAAGAACCUCAACGAGGCUCAAUUGGACCCCAGCGUUGAGGUCGUCAUCGCCCCAUCCCACCUCUACCUCCCCAUCGCCGUCGAUGCCGUCACCGCCAGCACCGUCUCCGUCUCGGCCCAGAACGUCUACGCCAAGCCCAACGGCGCCCACACCGGCGAGGUCUCGGUCUCCCAGCUUAAGGAUCUCGGCCUGAACUGGACCAUCACCGGCCACUCGGAGCGCAGAGCCGGCGGCGAGUCUGACGAGAAUGUCGCCGACAAGACCAAGGCUGCCAUUGACGGUGGUCUCAGCGUGAUUUGGUGCUGCGGCGAGUCCCUUGAGGAGCGCGAGGCUGGCAACACUGUUGCUGUUGUCGAGAAGCAGCUUGCUGCUCUUGCCGCCAAGCUCUCUGGGGAUGACUGGAAGAAGAUUGUCAUUGCCUAUGAGCCCAUCUGGGCUAUUGGUACUGGCAAGGUUGCCACCACUGAGCAGGCCCAGGAGGUGCAUGCUGCUAUCCGCAAGUGGCUCAAGGCCAAGGUUUCCGACGCUGUUGCUGACGAGACCCGUAUUUUGUAUGGUGGCUCGGUCACUGCUAAGAACAGCAAGGACUUGGCUAAGCAGCCGGAUAUUGAUGGUUUCCUUGUUGGCGGUGCCAGCUUGAAGCCCGAGUGUAAGUUACUCCUGCUCAUCGCGGAGAAGUUUUGUGCUGACAAUUAUCAACAGUCGUCGACAUCAUCAACUCCAACCAGUGAGCGCGCGGCACUGUCCGUUUUAUUGGGAAUUAGCGUGGGCUUAUACGGGAUUUUUAGGACUAAAAAGGAGCUAGCGAGGAUAUAG